AGCGACAUUUUUUCUGGCCUGCGGGUCAAUGAACCUAUGCUUCGGUAUGACUUCUAUUUCCUGCUUGCAAUCAUGUUCAUGGUCACAUUCGCAGUCACAUUCAUUAGAUGAGGCGUCCUCUACUACCUUUGCGCAUGAUUUUUCGUGGUUCUCCUUUACUCUAAACAAUGAACCAAGAUGGCACAACAUGCGGAAGAUAGGAUGAGCGUACCCUCGGCGCCGUCUCCACGACUGCACGGGGCUAGAAGAGUCAGAUAGCACCCGGUCGUGCUGGAGCGUAUUACCAAGUACAAUACGGAGUGUAAAAAUGUCUGGGUCUGGAAGAAUGCAUGUUUGUCAUGCUUAUCUGGCAUGACUCUCAAAUCUGUCAUGCACGUUACCCAAGAGCGCCAUUUUUCUGUCAUUCAGAAACGCAGUGUGUCAUGCGGAAUAGACAGCACCUAGAAGCUCAGAAUCUUGUCAUGCUGAGCCAGCACUUGUGGCCUCCUCAUGGUACGCCCCCCAGCAUCACAAGUUUCCAGACCCAGACAUAUUUGCACUUGAUAUACAACCAGCGGCGCGGCUCCCGUCUGCAGGAGAGUCAGUCGUCUUAGGACCGACGUCAGCGCCACGAUUAAGAUUACAUCUGCAUCCACAGUAAUAUCAGCGCGGCGUCGUAUAGAAGUAGCGUGCAGAUUUUUGCUAUAGGACAAACAUCGGUGUGCGUGUGCGACCACCUCACAAGGAGCGGAUAGGCACAACAUCACGCACAGCGACCUCCUGCUCUAAGAACGGGCACAAAAAAAACACAGCACCACAGCCAGACCACAUCAUGUCUUCUCCAGCAGCUUUCACCUGUGCGGCCUCGCUGUGGUGCGCCGCCGUGGCGUCCAUUGCGUACGGACAGUAUGAGUUGACCACCGCUGUAGUAGUCAUCGUGCUCUCCAGUCUGGCCGCGAAGGCCGUGCUGAACGACCGCAAAAACCGGGACCCGAAAAACCGGAAAGAUGAGCGGCCGCUGCCGGAGCAGAUCUUCACCUUUAUCACCUACGACAUGUAUGCAUUGCAAACGGAACAUGUCUGGGUCUGGAUAAUUUGUGAUGCGAGAAUUGUAGGACAAGAAGAUCUCUGAUGCAACAUGAAUGCGAUUUUUGGUUGACUUUUUCUUCGUGCUGGAACGCAGUUUCUCAUGCGUUUCAUGAAUGACUCUGCAAUAAACGGUAUCCGGGUAGACCAGGGCCCCUGCUCAGACCAGGGCCCCCAGGACCAGGGCCCCCAGGACCAGGGCCCCCAGGACCAGGGCCCCCAGGACCAGGGCCCCCAGGACCAGGGCCCCCAGGACCAGGGCCCCCAGGACCAGGGCCCCCAGGACCACGGCCCCCAGGACCAGGGCCCCUACGGACUGGGGCCCCUACGGACUGAACGGCGUCCCGGAAUCGGGUACACGGCGAGGCGCGGCCGGAACCGGAGUUGUCUGCCAGCGUAUCUGGGCCACCAAGUAUGCAUGUCAUGUAAGUCCUAGCAUCGGGCCAGGAGGUGGAAGAAGGCAGGCCACACGUAAUAUGUGACGCAGUCUGCUGACUACCCAGAGCAUCUCUUUCGCUUUCUAUAUUCCUCGACACGCGUCACAAGUUCUUAGUAGUGCAGACCCAGAUCUAUUUACAAUGCCACGGGCGCCGUUUGUAUUCGAAAUGUUGCCCAGCAAAAGCACUGCUUGAGUGGACAGGGAUGCAGCUGGCUCAAAGUGGUGCUAACGAGAGACAUCUCAAAUUGUCACCAUGAAAGUCGAGCUGUGCUUUUUUUGUACGUAGAGGGACGCCCCAACUCUUCCAGAUCCAGACGCCGGCACACCAGAUUCCGGGACGCCAGAUUCUGAGACACGACUGGGGUCCCAGUCCGUAGGGGCCCCAGUCCGUAGGGGCCCCAGCCCCUAGGGGCCCUGGUCCUAGGGGCCCUGGCCCUGGGGGCCCGGGUCCUGGGGGCCCUGGUCCUGGGGGCCCUGGUCCCAGGGGCCCUGGUCUACACCUUUACCGCAAUAAACCUCGAAAAGUUUCUGAUGCUGUCAUGUUGUUCAAGCGGCCAGGCUGCAAUGCGAGCAUCAGCAACACAAAUUUCCUGACAUCCAGGGAUAUUUGCAAUGCAUAACAGGAAUGGCCUGCUGAUGUUUUCCGGCACCGCGGUUUUCCUCGCCUUCGCAAUAUCCUGUGCAAGAAAAGUAUCUGAUACUCGUAUUGCAGUCAGGCAUUACAAGUCUUUUUCUUAAGGUAAAUCCGCAUUACAAAUUUUAUUUCUCAUGCUGAGGAAAUUUGCAAUGCAUUUAUACGAGUGCGAUACAGAGACUUUUGCAGUUCAUACGCUAACUUUGUCACCAAUUAUUUCGUGAUUUUCUUCUGGUUUGCCGCCGUAAAGGAGGUCGUGACCAUACAGGGGGAAGGGGAGGGAAGAACCGGAGGAGGUGCAGGAGUAGGAGAAGAUAUUACCGCUGACGGCUUGCUGGACAGUGUCAAAGCUGGGGUGCAAUACGACAACUUUCUGGCGGAUAUUUUCAGGAUACCGCUGACGAACACCGGACUCUGUGUGGGCGGCCUGUAUGUUGCUGUUUUUCUUCAGGCUACUUUACCUUUCGGUUCAGUAUCUACUUUGUUUUUAGCCACACGGCCAAGUACACAAUACAUUUGAAACAGCUCGUGCUGGUGGACACAUGUUGACUAGUACACAAUAAUCAAACUGGGGGAAAUAAAUAACACGUAUUUACUAGAAAUCAAAUAAAAUUUAGGUAUAACUUUCUGUGGUUUCUUUCCCUGUGGUCCCACUGGGCUGCGGCCACAACCGAUCCGGGAUUUAUCGGCAAAGGCGAGUUCGAAGUGGCAGAAAACCACGAUCCGAGGUUUUGCAAGGUCUGCCAGCAAGACAAACCCGACCGGGCGCACCACUGCAAAGUGUGUUGCAGGUACAGUGUUGAUAUGGCUACUUAAUAGAGCAGAAGUUUUCAUUUCAAAGGGUUGAAUAAUAUUGUUCCUUGAUUGAAAAUUGAAUUUUUAGCACUGCUGCUGCUAGAUGACUUUCAUGCGGCACAACUGUAUUACCUAGCGUACUACAGUGGAUAUGGCCAACGAAGGAUGAAUCCCGAGCCUGAAGAUGCUGUUUCUAAAUUUUUUGCUUUUAUUCCCACUCGACCAGGUGUAUCUUCCGUAUGGACCACCAUUGCCCGUGGGUAAAUAAUUGCGUCGGCUGGAACAACCAAAGACUCUUUGUGCAGUUUCUGUUUUACAUCACCAGUCUCUCCGUUUACACGUUGCUGCUGCUCGCCUACGUCCUCUACGCCUACUCUAUGCUCCCCCGCGAUAUCCCCUGGAGCAAUUUCGCAGUGUUGUGCGGGGUGCUGCUGUGUGCGGAGUCCUUUUUUUUCCUCUUCUUCGUCGCGGUAUUGUUUUUUGAACGAUUAUUUUUUGAUUUUGACGCAGCUCUUCAUCUUAUUUUCGAAUCCAUAAGGCUUUUACUUUUUUUACUUAUCACACGCAAACGUGGUACAGUACUCCGUGGAAAAUGAAUUCUUCGCAUGUUUUGUGAUCAUCUAUGCACAAAAUUAUCACAGAAAAGAAUCACACAGCACAUACUAUACAGGACUUCCUUUCCGAGCAGAUAGAGGUAUCAACUGUAAAAAUGUCUGGGUCUGGAAGAAUUCAUGUUUGUCAUGCUUGUCUGGCAUGACUCUUAAAUCUGUCAUGCACGUUACCCAAGAGCUCCAUUUUUCUGUGAUGCAGAAGCGCAGUUUGUCAUGCAGAAUAGGCAACACUUAGGAGCUCAGAAACUUGUCAUGCUGAGCCAGCAUCUGUAGCCUCAUCAUGAGACGCCACUCAGCGUCACAAGUUUCCAAACCCAGACAUUUUUACUUUUGAUAAGAGGGCAUCGAAACCAACUCCACGCUCGUGGAAACCUACCAGGCGAAUAUCCUGUGCAAAAGUAUCGUACUCGUAUAAAUGCAUUACAAAUUGACUUAGCAUUACAAAUUGAAUUUGUAAUGCGGAUUUGCCUUAACAAAAAGAUUUGUAAUGCAUAAACGCAAUGAGGACGAGUGCGAUACUUUUGCACAGGAUAGCGAAGCGCGGACGACAAUUUCCCACUCGGUUUGACAAGUGGGCGGAGGUGUUCGGAAAGCGGUGGUAUUUGUGGUGGGUACCCUACAGCAACCCGAACCCGGUCGAUCUCUUCGAGCCGGUAUACACGGAAGUGGACCGGCAUACGGAAGAUAAUGAUAUCACACAGAUGAUGAAAAAGGCUAGCGUGCGCAUUUGUAAUCAUGCUCAAAUGUUGAGUACACAACCACAAUAAAGCAAAUCAUCUGUCUUGCACUUGCAUACCUGAAACAGCAUGCUAUGGGUUGUAGCUCGCCCAUGACAGACACAGAUUUUAUUCCUGUCUUAUAGUUGAUUUUCGCACGAUGACAAAUGUGACUCGCGAGCAGCUGUUUUGUCUGGGAUAAAUGAAAUAGUUGAACUAGACGAGAAGUAGACCACCCCCCGACGAGAUGGAGGACCCAAUAGUCCUCACAAGAUUUGCAGCCGCCGCCGUACUGCUUUUCUACUUUCAGGUGUCGUUUGGGAACUACGAGCCUAGUUUGCUUGUUGUGUAAAAGAACAAUCUGCCAACUCUCCUCGAUGCCCCGCUGCGAUUGAAUUUUUUCAAUUGGCGGUCGCAUCUACUCCGAGAGGGGGCUCGCAGUCUUGUAGUGUAUUCCUUGUUUAUUCCCUCGUGGUUAAUCGUGUCUUGCAGUCGGAGACAAGGAAGGUGCAAACGAGAAUGACAACCACGAGGACAUGUUGUUUUGCGGGCCAGAAGUAGCAGUAGUUAGUACUCAUUCUCUUGAUUGAAGUACAAGCCAGGAGGUGGUAGUAGCACCAGGGGAAGCUGCUGCACGACGGUCAUCGAAUAUAUAAGUCGUCUGAGCUGUGGUCAUCAGCGGUCGUAGCAAAUAUCGUCUCGGUUCUUUUUUUUUUCCCUGCAUCUCGCAAGGCGGCAGCGACCCCGACGAAAUUGGUGUGCAGGGGAUACGGAUUGCAAAUGCACUUACUAUCGCGCUAGUAGUCAUGAUCGCAUCUUCACAAAGUUGCUCAGCCUGAUGAGAUUUGAAAUUCGUACUGCGGAUGAAAAUUUACCUUGAGGGGAACGAGAUUUGCAGUGCAUAAUUGAUGCGAUUUCUCGUGCUACGAAUGCGGUAUUAAUACUUUUGCAAUGCAUCAAGGACGGAUGAAAGCGAGUCCGGGAGCGAGGAAGAAGAUGAGGAGGAGACGGUGUCGGACCAGCUCUCGGAGUAUCGGAGAUGAAAGCACCACGACCUUCUGUCCUCAAUUUGUAAUGCGCAUCUGUUUCGAUUCGUGGUAACGGUAAGGUAAGCAGGCUAAGCUUGUCUGUGAUAGUACAUGACAAAUUGAUGGCGCUCUUGAUCUAUUCUUGGUGCUUUUCUCAAGGAUACUAUCUCCAACGACGAUCAGAAGGACGGAGCCGCCCGCGGAGCCGGCCGCGGCACAAAAGAGCGAAAAAAUGGCAGCAAAAACGGAAGCAAAGACUCGACGGGAAACAAGAAAAUAAACAAUGGCGGCACGUCGACCUCUGGCCCUGGCUCUGCUCCGAAUUCCUCUUCGCAACCGUCAUCUGGUAGCACCGUCCCGAAGCAGGACCAUAUCAAAGGAAAUAAGAACAACGCCGGCACAGGCAGCGCCGGUGGGAGAACAAAUAGUAGCACCGCUUCUAGCACGGCAACGGCAACUACUGCACAAACGAAGCCGACCGCAACGUCAGGAGGUUCAUCGACAUCCGGCGCUCGGCCUCCGAAGUCAAAAACCGGCAGUCCUGUGGCCGCAAAUGGUGUACAACCAGCACCAGCAAACAAGACCACGACAGGAGGUAUCCCACGAAAAAAGUGUUACAGGUACACAUUUGUUGUAGCUUCAGCAUCACAAGUUUUCUCUGCAGGACAGAGAAAACUUGCAAUGCAAAGAUCAUAAGGGAAAGCAGGAAGGAAACGAGGCUCCAAAGCAUUUCCUGCAUGAGAAAGGUUGUCUGUGUUGCCGGUCUUGCAACGCAAUGUGCUGGAACUGUAACACUUUUUUCUUUCCAUAGGUGUAGAGACGAGCCGAAAAGUCUCCUUUGACCAGGAUGCCAAGGACAGCGACGGAUCGGGGUUAUCCUGUGCAAAAGUAUCGUACUCGCAUUGCAAUCAUGCAUUACAAAUCUUUUUCUUAAGGUAAAUCCGCACUACAAAUUUUAUCUCUCAUGCUGAGAAAAUUUGUAAUGCAUUUACUUAUACGAGUACGAUACCUUAUUUGCAGUUCAUAGGGGUCCUCUCCGGGCGAUGGGGACAGUGAGACCGACGAGGAGGACUAUCGCAGAGAAAAAGUGCAGCUGUGUAUAGGAAUUUUAAACUUCGAAUGGUGGACGUGGAAAUCAAAUAUAAGGUGUGGAAGAACAGCUCCAAGUUACACGGUCUUGCCGUUUUUUACUUUUUCUUGUUGAAAAUGCAACAAGCGGGCAUCACCAUCAUCUCGUCCUCGCCUUGCUUUUAGGAUGAAGGCGCAUGAUGGGAAAUUUUCUUGAAUGUUAUGCAUACUACUAGCGCACAACUUGUCAUGCAGAUGAACCUCCUGCACAGGAAUGAGUCGACACCGAGUCGUCACAUGGACCAAAGAGCUGCACUACUUUUUCCCUACGAUAUGAAAGUCCAAGUCGACUCCAAGAAGAACGACAAUAACGCCAGUUUUGACCCUAAUGGGCUCGAAAAACUGCUUAUCAAAUGCAAAAAUGUCUGGGUCUGGAAGAAUGCGCGAUCUGUCAUGCUGCUUUUCCAUGAUCCAUGAGGUCUGGAAUGCAGGACCUAGCAUGACAGAUUCCGCGAGUCUUUUCUAAUGCCUAUCCUGCGUGAGAAACUCCCUCCCGACUUGUGCAAAACUGGACGACUUUUGGUAAUCAUGCAACACAGAUUUUUGCAUGCUGCAGAUUUAGCAUGACAAGUUGCAAUGUUCCAGACCCAGACACUUUUACAUUUGAUAGUGCUGCAGAAGGCCAGUUUUGUGCAAAAGCCGAACGAGUACGAAAAAGUGCACGAGAAGACGAAAAAGCUACGAAGUUGCAACUAUGUCUGGGAGGUCUGGAAAAGCGGAAUCUGUAUUGCGUGCUGUGCUAGACUGCUGCAGAAGAUGAAUCUGUAUUGCAUGUUGAGCAACAGAAGCUGCGACCCCUGUUUUGUCAUGCAAAAGCACAGUUGCUAUUUUUAAUGCGCGCUCCUGCGAAUCUGUCCUCAGAGUCAGAAUUUGAAUUUGUCACGCUGGUGGACUCAACUCAGGAGUAUGCUCAAGCAUCGCCACUCAGCAUUACAAAUUUCCAGACCCAGACACACAUUUGCAUUGCAUAAAAACUCUUGGCCAACAAGACCCUGCGGAACAAGUACGUAUGAACUGCAAAAGUAAAUCGUAUUCGUAGUUGUUGCAACCAUGCAUUACAAAUUUUUUUGUUAAGGUAAAUCCGCAGUACAAAUUUUAUUUCUCAUGCUGAGGAAAUUUGUAACGGUAAUUCGCAUGCAUUUAUACGAGUGUGAUACUUUAAAAACUUUUGCCAUUCAUAGUGCGGGUCAAAUUACAAAACGCCCGAGCAGCAGCAGGCGCCACCCGCAACGGCGGGCGCGAGUGGUGGCGGAGCCACGAGUACCAUGAAUGAAAACGGCGACUAUGUGUGGUCGAACGCCACAAAAGGCACGGGAAAAGCCACCGCGAGCGAGGCCGACGCCGCGCGGAAACGGAAAAAGGAGAAAGACGAAAAGCUGGGGCCGAAAGCGAGGCGAGAACAAAGUAAGGAAGCUUUAAAAGAGAAGCUGCGGCAGAAAUUGGAAGCGAAAAAACAGGGCAUCGCGUAGAAGCACCACCGCUCGCGGUCGUUUGGAGGUUUUCUUUUUUCCGUGAAAAGUAUUCCUGCUUUGAUCUUUACUACGAACAGGGGGAGCUGCGAGCACCUAGAUGUUGCCACGAGGUUCUUGGCCGCCCCGAGGCUGACGUUAUUUUUACUGAACAAGAAGCUGUGCGCAAAAUAUUUUUAGAAUGUCAGCCGGCAUCGGAACUGGUGCUCCUGAAUUUUUUUAACUAGCUGCACCAUUCUCUGGAUCUGAUUCAUUCAUCACUUUUUUGGUGUUUGCCGCUUUAUACUCUAAUCACCAUAUGGGAAGCAAGAAAUCUACAUAACAAAAGAUUUUAACCUUGUUGAUCUUGAUGUUUAUUUACGCCGCGUUCCUUCAUGUGGGUGACUAUCUACAGCUAUUCGUAUUCUGGAAGUCAAACAUCUUCACUGCAGCGACAGAACAGGCUGUUCCGGGAUCAUAUAUAACGUAGUACUUACAACAAAUAGAAAUACUACAUCAGCGACAAAUUUCUAAGAAAGCCAAAGCAGCUCCUUCUAGAAUUCGAAACCUGGUCUUCGUCAGCGCAACUCGCAUGAUGUAGUUGGUGACUGAAGCUGUUUAUCAAAUGUAAAAAUGUCUGGGUCUGGAAACUUGUGAUGCUGGGCGGCGUCUCAUGAUGAGGCCACACAUGCUGGCUCAGCAUGACAAGUUUCUGAGCUUCUAGGUGUUGCCUAUUCUGCAUGACAAGCUGCGUUCUUGCAUCACAGAAAAACGGAGCUCUUGGGUAACGUGCAUGACAGAUUCAAGAGUCUUGCCAGACAAGCAUGACAAACAUGCAUUCUUCCCGACCCAGACAUUUUUACAUUUGAUACUGUUGUAUUAGUUGGGCCGGUCCUCGUCCUACUUCUACGUGGAUGCUGUCCGGGCGGUCGUGUUCGUGAUCAUCUUCUUCCUUGUCAAGGAAGCGAAGCUGAGGACAUCUUGCAAUCCCAUCACCACCGUGGGGGAGCUGCUGCUGUCGAUACAUAUUUCAUUUAUAUACGCUUUUUGAGCUGCUGCUGUC